UACACUGGAGUCGUGUUCAUCAAGAAAAUGUAUUAGCUGUUUGUUUGGCUCUAAUGUUUCUCUGCUCUGAGACAUGAAGAUAUAUUGCCGUCUACUUCGAGAAGAAUAGCAUAAAAAUGUGGUUGUCCGCAACUGCCACCACAUGCAGCGAGUCACGCGAUCACACAGCUGGAUACAGACUUGGCCACAAAUACUGAUUCAGUGAUUGUGUUUUUCAACUUCAGUGAAUGACAGUGGGAUUGCUUGAAUGAAUCAGCUUUUGUCUCGCUGACAGCCUUACUGGAAAAAAUACAAAACAACAGAAAGUCGUGCUCUAUAUCAUGCAAGCUCGGAGACGCCGCCCGGACCAAGAGCUUCGUAUCCCCUCCCAAGAUGAGAUUCCCCCGCGCAGUGGCCAUGUGGCGGCUUGUGUGGACAUGAAGCUGCUGGUAUGGGGAGGAUAUCAGGAUGAAAAUACCUACGAAGAUCGGUACCUUCCGUCUAAUGACCUCUGGUGUUACAGCGUGGACUUUGACAAAUGGAUCCGCAAUACCACCCAUGGGACCCGCCCUCCCGGGACGUCUGGCGCUUGCUGUUGCGUCCUUGACAGCUUCUUCUACGUGGUGUUUGGUCACACUGACUUCGGCAACACCAACAAGGUGUACAAGCUGAACCUACAGACGAUGACCUGGAGCAAGUUACCUGCCAUAGAGCGAGCCCCAAGCCCUAGAGACAAGUUUGCCUUGUGGACGUAUGAGAAAAGAAUCUACUGUUUUGGAGGAUUUGGUGUCCCCAUACAGGAAUACCUGUGUGAGAAUGGAGACUUUGUGGCGGACACUUCGGGGGACUUCAAUGUACCGCGGUUCUUCCCAGACCGAGGUUGGAACAAUCAAUUGUUGGUGCUGGACUCCAGCAAUGAUGAGUGGUCAAAUCCCAAGUGCAGGGGCCCGGUACCCCUGCCUCGGGCUGCACAUGGGGUGGCGCAACUAGGAGAUAAGGUGUACUUAUUUGGAGGACGACAUCUGACUGCGAGGAUGAACGACCUUCACUGUCUUGACCUUUCAACCUUGACCUGGAGUGGAGAACUGACGUGUUCGACGGUGAUCCCAUGUGGCCGAUCAUGGCACACACUGACCCCAGUCUCACACAACCACGUCUUCCUGUACGGGGGGUACACCCAGGAUCAGAAACCUCUCAGUGAUGCGUGGGUACUGGACGUCGAUGUGUGUCAGUGGACACAGCUCGUCAUCCCACAGAACAACCCUCGCCUCUGGCACACAACAGCGCUGUCCUCGGGCAAUGACAUCCUCAUCUUUGGCGGCUGUUGUGACGACAUCCUCAGCCAUCAGGUUAAUGAACAUUCGAACAAAAUUCUAGCAUUUAGAUUACAGCCAAAAUCUCUCCUAAGGUUGUGUCUGGAGACAGUGUUCAAUUAUCGCAUUGAAACUCAGCCAUCUUGGCCUUACCUCCCUUCUAUCCUCAAGAAGUGGCUGGACACCAAGUUAAAGUGUUCACGAACUGUUCAAACCGUCAACCAGCCGCAACACAACAAUAAGGAACAGGCUUCCACCUGUGAGGUCACAUGACCCUGGAUGAGGUCAUGACCAUAGAUAGCCCUUCCGAACUAUGUGUGGCACAGAUUGUGAUUUUUAGGUUGUAAUUUAUUCAGUUGUGUAACUGCUUUUAGUGAUAAUACCCACUGUGUAACAUGUGAUCCGAGUGCACAUUGAUUGUGGUUGAAUGGAAUACUGUAUUCGACGUAAUAAGCGCAACGGGGCGCUCUCAAAAUUAGAAAUAGGGGGCUCUGAUUGGAAUAUUAUUUUGGUGAAAAAAACAGAGUUGAAAGUUUGUAAAUUUCGUUGUUUAU